GGCUGGCUGGUUAACGAAAGUUCCCGAACUCCACCGCCAUUUCCCGGAACUGUGUGCGGGAGGAAACACAUGGCCAGGCAGGCUUAUUAAUAUUGUAUUAAACAUCUGGCUGCUUUACAUCCUAAUUGAAUAUAGUAUAUUUUAAUAGCCCGACGAGUUAUCUCAGUUCGUUCAUCAUGACGUUGAUGUGCUACAACAAAGGUUGCGGACAACGAUUUGACCCAGACGACAACGCUGGUGAUGCCUGUACCUUUCACCCUGGCGUGCCUGUUUUUCACGAUGCUCUUAAGGGCUGGUCCUGCUGCACGAGACGCACCACGGACUUCUCAGACUUCCUCAGCAUAGAGGGCUGCAGCAGAGGUAUCCAUAACAGAGAGAAGCCAGUGGAGCCGAUCCUGCCGGAGGUGACGAGCUCAGAGGGGAGGAGAGAGAAGGGGGAGGAGCUAAAGCCCCGUGGUGACCCCUAUAUCAUUCAGGCUCCUAAACCACUAGAGCUGAUACACAGACCCAGUGGUGAUGAGCCCCUGGUCCGACUUCAGCAGAAGGUGUUCUCCUCUCUGAGACAGGCUCUGGAGAAAGUCCGGCUGGCAGAGAGCAGGCAGCCUCACAACACAGACGAAGAGGAGGAGGAGGUGAAGAUUGGCACGUCCUGUAAGAAUGGAGGCUGCUCCAAGUCUUUCUCUGGUCCAGGGAGUAACGAGGAGAAGUGUAAACACCACCCUGGAGUCCCUAACUUCCACGAGGGGAUGAAGUUCUGGAGCUGCUGUAGGAGGAAGACGUCUGACUUUAACUGUUUCCUGGCCCAGGAGGGCUGCACCACAGGAGGUCACCUCUGGAGGAAACCAGACAAGGGGAUGAAGGUGGUACCGUGUAGGUUUGAUUGGCACCAGACAGGCGGCCAGGUCAUCAUCUCGAUCUAUGCCAAGAACUCUCUACCAGAGCUCAGCUAUGCAGAGGCCAACGGCACCACGGUGAUCAUCCGUGUGGUCUUUGAGGGAGAGAAGGAGUUUGAGCAGAAGAUCAACUUAUGGGGGGUGAUCGAUGUGACUAGCAGUGUGGUGAACAUGAUGUCUUCCAAGAUGGAGAUCUCUAUGGGGAAGGGGGAGCCAAUCACCUGGGCCCGUCUGGACCUGCCCUCUCCCACAGACACGCCCACUGAGGGGGGGAAUGGGAUUGGAAAGGCGUAGAACUAGACAGAACGAAAUCAAUCACAUGGUACAUGCUCCUCCCAUAUGUUUUAGUGAACCUGUUGAAUAUCGUCUGAGAGCAGUAUUUAUUUCUGACAUGCUACUCAGAAUGCGGAGGCUAAACUUCACUGAAACACUGUCUGAAGGCGAUAACCAUCAGGUCUUCCUACUGAAACACAGUAACCAUCAGGUCUUCCUACUGAAACACAGUAACCAUCAGGUCUUCCUACUGAAACACAGUAAACCAUCAGGUCUUCCUACUGAAACACAGUAAACCAUCAGGUCUUCCUACUGAAACACAGUAAACCAUCAGGUCUUCCUACUGAAACACAGUAAACCAUCAGGUCUUCCUACUGAAACACAGUAAACCAUCAGGUCUUCCUACUGAAACACAGUAAACCAUCAGGUCUUCCUACUGAAACACAGUAAACCAUCAGGUCUUCCUACUGAAACACAGUAAACCAUCAGGUCUUCCUACUGAAACACAGUAAACCAUCAGGUCUUCCUACUGAAACACAGUAACCAUCAGGUCUUCCUACUGAAACACAGUAAACCAUCAGGUCUUCCUACUGAAACACAGUAACCAUCAGGUCUUCCUACAGAAACACAGUAAACCAUCAGGUCUUCCUACUGAAACACAGUAACCAUCAGGUCUUCCUACUGAAACACAGUAAACCAUCAGGUCUUCCUACUGAAACACAGUAAACCAUCAGGUCUUCCUACUGAAACACAGUAACCAUCAGGUCUUCCUACUGAAACACAGUAACCAUCAGGUCUUCCUACUGAAACACAGUAAACCAUCAGGUCUUCCUACUGAAACACAGUAAACCAUCAGGUCUUCCUACUGAAACACAGUAACCAUCAGGUCUUACUACUGAAACACAGUAAACCAUCAGGUCUUCCUACUGAAACACAGUAACCAUCAGGUCUUCCUACUGAAACACAGUAAACCAUCAGGUCUUCCUACUGAAACACAGUAAACCAUCAGGUCUUCCUACUGAAACACAGUAACCAUCAGGUCUUACUACUGAAACACAGUAAACCAUCAGGUCUUCCUACUACCUCCUCACUUGAAAAGAGAUGCAGGCAGCUAUCACCCUAGCAUCCCUCAUCAGGAUCUGUAUCUAAGGAGCAAUUGGGGACAGCCAGUCAGAAUGUAAACUGUUCUCAAACACACACACACACCAGAGGACGGGCUCAUUGGAAUGACUGGAAGGAAUUGAACGUGGUUUCCAUAUGUGUUUGAUACCUUUUCAUUUAUGCCACACACACAGUCCUUCUGUUCUUUGUCAAUUGCAUUUGAGGAUAUUUGUGCCAUUUAUUGGUAUUAGUUGCCUUCCAGAAAAUGUAACCUAUCUUUAUGAAGUUCUCUUACUUUAAGUCUUUGUUUUGGGUUUUAAUUGUUUUUGCUCACUUCUGAGAUCUGUGAUUUAGUUUCACUCUUUACUUGCUGUAGUUUGUUUUCAUACAAGGCAAAAAAAGCUAUGUGCUCUCCCACAGACUUAAUAAACCUCUGAACCGACGUUGUAAUUACA